GAAUCAAAUGAGUCAGUGUGUGGCGGCUCAGCCCAAUCGUUCAAUUAGGUGGGAGGGACGGUGGGCAAGUCCAAGGAUUGUGCAAAAGCAAAAAUGGCGCCCAGCUCGAAAUCGGAAAAAGAGGACAAGAAGCAAAAACAGAGAAAACCCAAAGACCACGUCGUCAAACUUCUCGCACGCGGAAAGCUCUCCGGGCAGCUGUCUCAGAGACUAUUCCGCAAGCUGCCGCCUCGCGUGUGUGUGCCGUUAAAGACGAUCGUCAGCGAGGAGUUCCUAAGGGCAGGUCACAUCUUCUUGGGCUUUAUGAAGUGCGGCCGCUACGUUUUGUCCUACACGAGCGACAGCGGCGAGGACGAUGACUUCUACACCUAUCACCUGUACUGGUGGGAGUUCAACCUGCACAGCCGCCUCAAACAGGUGCACCACGUGCGUUUGUUUGCAGGUGAGGACAUCUACAACGAACUGUAUCUGACGGUGUGCGAGUGGCACAACGACCACUCCAAGAUCGCCAUCUUCGGCUUCAAUACUCGCAGCAGCAGUUCGGCCGCGAUGAAUAUGAUGAUGAGUGAUGAGAAUAUGAGGGACAUUUACGUGACCAUUGCGUCCAUGCCGCCGGGCCUGCCCUGCCAACACUGCUGCCCUUUACCGACCGCAUCUACUAUACGCACUGGAGGAGAGUGCUUGGAGCAUGGCUAUGUGCUGAAUGCUCAUUAUCAGGUGGUCUACCCUUUCCCCACCUUCCAACCGGCCCUGCAGCUCAAGAAGGACCAGGUCAUCCUGCUCAACACCAGCUACUCGUUGGUGGCCUGCGCCAUCUCCCUCUGCCCUGGUGGAGAUGAGCAGCAGGUGUCUGGACAGAAGCAUCAGCUUUUGUACAAGAAGAGGGAGAUUCCUCCUCCCUCCUCUCUUCAUCCUCCCAGCCCCUCUCCCUCCUCCUCUUCCUCGCACGGGUCUCCUGACCGCCGGCAAGCCCUUCCCCCGACCACGCCCCUCUCCCCCGGACGCUCCCAGGCGGCCGUGCGGGCCCGGGAGUUUGUGGCAGACAUCUUCCGGCGGGCGCAGGCAGCUGGAGCGGAGGGCGGGGCCGAGCGGCGGAGGAGAGAAAGCGGGGGAGGGCAGAGAGGCGGGGCCAAGCCCAGGGGUGGGGCCGAGCCUGGGAUGAAAGAUGGAGUGGAGGAAAGGAAGGAGGAAUUGCAGGGGGAGAGAGCAACCAGCCUGCCAACAGCCACGUCAGGUGGGAACCGCAGUGGGCCGUGGCCCCCGGAGCAGGAGGAAGGGGUUCUGGGUAACGCAGUGUCGUCUCCUGCCUCGGCUUCCUCUUCCUGCCCGCUGUCCCCACACACUUCUCCGGCAUCGUCGUCGGAGCCGAUAUAUGUGAACUACACACAGCUACGGUACCGACUCCGGCAACCUGGGAAUGCAGAGCAGUACAGUGCUGUGUCAGGAGAAGAGGAGGAUAAGGUUCAGCUUCCUUUCACUGUCUCGGACCUGAAGGGACAAAAUCUGCAGCUGGUUACAGGACAGUACACGGGACAGUGUGUGUGUGUGGAGCAGUUGACUCUGGAUUUCGAGUACCUGAUUAACGAGGUCAUCAGAAACGACGCUGAGUGGGUCGCCCAGUUCUGCUCCUUUAGCGACUACGAUGUCGUCAUCCUUGAGGUUUGCCCAGAGACAAAUAUAGUAGUGAUAAACAUCGGGCUUUUGCUGCUAGCCUUCUCCAACUGCGACGAGGAGCACAGCAGGCCUAAGUCCUACCACUCCAGCCUCCAGGUCAGCUGGGAUCUGAACACGGGAGCCUGUUGUACCAUUGGUGUUGGUGACCUUACAGAGUUCAAAGGUCAAACAAGUGGGAGUGUUUGGAGUUCUUACAGGAAGUCAUGUGUAAAUACAGUUAUGAGGUGGCUCGUUCCUGAGAGCAGCUCACGCUACAUCAACCGUAUGACCAACGAAGCCCUGCAUAGAGGCACCACUCUACAAAUACUUGCUGACAGCGAUAGAGGCACGUGGAUCGUCCUCUAACAGAGAGAGGGACAGACAUGUCUUCAAAAAGCUGCCCCAGCACACGGGCAGAGCCAAUUGUUUUCCGACUCCUGUAUGUCCGAGGUUUACAGACCAGAUCCUGAGGACCCUUUGUGCCCGUCCACAUAUUCCGCUCCACUCCACAGCCAGAGUCCCCGGGACCGCAUGGCCUCGGCCAACGACAGGAGCUGGGAUGGAAGGAAAAUGGGGGCCGGACCAGGGUCCCAGCAGAACAGAUUCAACAGCUUCCACUGCAAGUCUAGUCAGUCGUGAUCACUGCUGCUGCUAUAGGGAAGCUGCAUCAGAGUCUCACACAACCCUCAGACUGUCACAGUGGACGCGAACAGUGCGUCUUCCUAAUGUCUACUCUCAACUUAAACAUUUUAUUAUUAUUUUUUUUAGUGUAUUUUUUAGGGUAUUGAUUUGUAUGCAGGUGUAGUGUAGUUUCCCUUUUUUUUCUGUUGGAUUAGAGAUUAAGGCUUUUGGUUUGGAGCGGAAGUCACUGCCUAAGAAUUCUGGGUGUCCACUGAUGAAACAUCACCCCUCAGCAGGUCAGCACUGGCCCAGCUGUUGUUUUUGUUGUAAACUCACGCACAAGCCAAGUGUGCUGUCUUUUCUAUGUUUCAGAUAAUAACUGUUGUUUAAAUACCAAAUUUGGCCUGUUUACAUGUUUUCAGUGUUAUGAAUUCAAAAGCAAGUUUGGUUUCAUCCGGGCAUGCUAAUGUAACGCGUGACACUGCGUGACCAUUCACGUAUCUUCGUUGUUCUGAAAAUUUGGAAUUUUUAGCAGAACUUGAAGCCAUGUUAAACCAGCGGAGACACCACACCUGUGUGACUCCAGUGGCCGUCGCAGACUUUAUCUUCGUUUCCCUUUAAAUACUGCUGACAUCUAAACCCUUAUCCAGAAGUCAAAUAUGGGUUUUAAUAGAUUAAGUGAUGCUGAUUUGAAGAGUGGGUUGAGUUGGGGAAAGAGAGGGCCGAGUUAAACUGUCUGGGUUUUAAGUAUCAGCAGUUUGAAAAUGGAUGGCUAAAGAAAGUUUUCCCAUUCAGCCAGACAAGUUAAGCCAGAAGUGGAAUCUUGCUUCAGUACACACACACACACACACACACACACACACACACACACACACACACACACACACACACACACACACACACACACACACACACACCCAGAACGCGUGUGACUGUGUUGUGCAUGUUUACGUGCUGUCCGGAAUGCCUGUAACUGAGAGGCUGUGCUGCAUCCAGUCUGAGUUUGCUUUUGAAGUGGGACUCUCGAAGCGUUGUGUUUUCUUCAUUUGUUUGUUUUUGUAAGUACUGAUGAUGGUGCAUCUGUUCCACAGAAGAAAAUCAGUACUUGAAGUUCAAGACUUGAUAUCGUCUUAUUUGACUUUUGUUUUAUAAUAAAUAAUUUAAAAUGUUUUUUUGUAUGUUUACCUGCAAUCAUGUAACCUACAUAUCAUACUGCGUACUACAUACAUAUUGUCUUUUUAUAGCACUCAGUGUCAGGAUACAUUCGUUAGUAGUCUUUAACGCACUGACAGUUACAAGUCUGCAUAGAAAUACUGCACCAAAGUGUUUGUACAAUGAGAGCUAGAGAGCCUACUGAUUGUGCCAGGUUAAAACUCUAUAGACACACUCCAUCUAAGGCUGCCAUGGUAUUAACAGUACAUAAGAAAAUUGCACACUUCUAACAGUUACUUUCAACAGAAAUUACACAAUUUGUGUUAGCUCUUAAUGAACAUUAGUCACAAACUAAUUUUGAAAUACAACCUGUACAAAAUAAACAGUGAAAUUUAUAUCUUUAAAUUAAACAGCAAAUAUCGAGAUUUAUGCUUUUUUUUCCUCUAGGCAACAGCCAAUACAUCUGUGCAACUGCUGUAUCAAGUACUCUCAUUGGCCACAACUUUAAAUCACUGACCAAUCUACAAUUAAGCCACAUGAAAGUAGCUGCUAAUUAGCUAUUACAGCUGCCAUUAGAAACAGGUAUACGAUAGAAACACUGCAUAUAGAACACAAGAAACAUGUCUGCUGGCUAAUUGUGUGUGUGCACAUAUGUUUGAGGAACACUGAAAAGAUUAAUGUUUAGUACUUUCCAGGGUUAGCCACAUUGUGGCUGUGUGUGUGUGUGAAGGAGAGCGAGCACAACUGGCUCAUAUUGUCAUGAAACUAGUAUCUAGUAGAUGCAAUAAUGCAUUUGAAUUUUGGUUUUUAUUUUGUUGGACAUGCAGAAUGAAUUGUACUACACAUGGACAACAGAGACCAAACAACAACAAAAAACAUUGAGAUCGGAGCAAAUGAAAAAUGGAAAAGGACAUGAGGAUAUGCACCCUGACCUAGGGGACGGUCCACUGCAACGCCCUGAUUGGCCAUGAGGACAUGGACCCUGACCCAGGGGAGCGGUCCACUGCAACGCCCUGAUUGGCCAUGAGGACAUGGACCCUGACCCAGGGGACGGUCCACAGCGAAGCCCUGAUUAGUAACAACUGUUUUUGUUGUUUGCCAAAGCAGAAUAAAUACUCUAAUAAUAA